CAUCUGGAAGCUUUCUUCUUCUUUUCACUGCUUGGGAGGACCCUUUCACUGCCUCCUUCCAGCUCAUUCUUUGGCAGGCAAACCUUCUGGCUAAUCUGACACCAUCCCCACAGCUGAAGAUGACAUUUAGAACACUUGACUGAUGGAGACAUCCCACAACCCAACCUUCAGGAUGGACAGUUUGGCUGCCUGCAGAAAGAUUUGACGUGUAACAGAGUUCGAGACCGUGUAGAAGGUUCAAAGAAUCCAGCUAUUCUGAAAUAAAAGGUCACGUUGAAGGAGAUUUGGUGGAUGGGAUCUGUAUCUUGUCAAACAAUCACGAUAUUGAGGCUGGUGAACUCUAAAGGUUAUAAACAUGACCCACUUACAAUCCGGACUCAGUCAAGAGACGGUAGAAAAAGCCAGAUUGGAAUUAAAUGAGAAUCCAGACACUUUACAUCAGGAUAUCCAACAGGUUAGAGACAUGAUAAUCACUAGACCAGAUAUUGGUUUCCUACGGACAGAUGAUGCUUUCAUCUUAAGGUUUCUAAGAGCUAGGAAGUUCAACCAGAUGGAAGCUUUCCGACUUCUCGCCCAAUAUUUCCAGUAUCGUCAACUUAAUUUGGACAUGUUCAAAAACCUUAAAGCAGAUGAUCCAGGGAUCAAAAGAGCUCUUAUGGAUGGCUUUCCAGGUGUACUUGACACCCGUGACCAUUAUGGACGGAAGAUUCUUCUACUUUUUGCAGCCAACUGGGACCAGAGUAGGAACUCCUUUGUGGACAUCUUACGUGGCAUUCUCCUCUCACUAGAGGUUCUUAUUGAAGAUCCCGCGCUUCAGAUAAAUGGAUUUAUUCUAAUCAUAGACUGGAGCAAUUUUUCCUUCAAGCAAGCAUCCAAGCUCACCCCGUCAAUUCUCAGACUCGCCAUUGAAGGCUUGCAGGACAGUUUUCCGGCCCGUUUCGGAGGCGUUCAUUUUGUCAAUCAGCCUUGGUACAUCCAUGCAUUGUAUACAAUAAUUAAACCGUUCCUUAAAGACAAGACCCGGAAAAGGAUUUUUCUUCACGGGAACAAUCUGAACAGUCUGCACCAGCUCAUCCACCCAGAAUGUUUGCCAUCUGAAUUUGGCGGAACCCUUCCUCCUUAUGACAUGGGCACCUGGGCUAGGACAUUGCUUGGUCCUGAUUACAACGAUGACAAUGAGUACACUCACACAUCCUACAACGCUAUGCAUGUGAAGUAUGCGCCUACCAAUUUAGAAACAGAGUGUUCUCCGAAAUUCAUGAAAAGGUCCCAGUCUGUGGUAGAGCCUGGCACACUGAUGCACGCGGAGCACAGAGAUAAUGAGAACACUCAGCCGCUGCUUGCCCUGGACUGAACCCCUCAGCAUCACUGCAGUCACAGUAGAUUCCACCAAUGGGUCUUUUUUGUUUUUUUCUCACUCUGCAGACUUCACCAGCUACAUGCACAAUGUGUCACUGUGCAAAGACCUAUUUAAUUUCAUUACCAUAGUGCCAAUAAACAGGAGCAACUUUAUAAAUAACUGUGAAGAUUCUUUUACUGCCAAAAAGGACCCAGACAAAGUGCAUUAAAGCUUUCCAUGUUGUAAAAUAUAUGCUGCCUACUACAAGGAAAAUGUAUUAUAGGUGUCUUUUGGGUUAGAAAAGGUUUAAAGCUGAACUCCAGGCAAACAGAUAAAUACACAGGUUAAUUUCAUGUAUGGGAACUGUUUUACUUGCCAAAGGAUUUCUAAUUCUGUUUAGCCAAACUUGUAAUA